AAUCAUCUCAAGACACGAUGCGGAAGGCCUCCACAACAUCAGCCAAAGCCCUGGAGGCCUCUUAUGCAGUGUCUUUGCUCGUAGCUAAAGCCAAGAAGCCAUUCACUAUCGCUGAAGACCUGCUCCUUCCAGCGGCUGUAGUGCUGGCUGAGACUAUGCUGGACAAAAACGCAGCGGAAAAAUUAAAGACUGUACCGUUGUCAAAUGACUCUUUUUGCCGCAGAGUAGAUACAAUGGGAACAGACAUUGUCGAGCAAGUUGUGGGAAAACUUAGCGACUCCUUUUCACUCCAGCUGGAUGAAUCCACAGAUGUCAGUGGAAAUGCACAACUUGUUGCUUUUGUGAGGUACGUUGAUACUGACGACAUACUAUUCUGCAAAAGUUUGAAGGGGAAAACAACAGGAGAGGACAUAUUUGAUGUUGUCAAUGCCACUUUCUGUGAAAACGGUUUGCGCUGGAAAUCCUGCAGCAGCAUCUGUACAGACGCAGCAGCAUCAAUGACGGGCAGCGCGAAAGGACUAAUAGCGCGCAUUAAAAAAGAAAACCCCGACGUGAUGUGGACUCACUGUGUCAUACACAGGGAGGCAUUGGCGUCCAAGAAAAUGAGCCCUGUGUUACAUGACGUUUUGAACAGCAGCAUCAAAGUGAUCAACUUCAUUAAGUCAAGGCCACUUAAUGCACGCCUGUUUCGCCGCCUCUGCGAAAAUAUGGGAGCUGAACACAUACAACUGCUGCUGCACACAGAAGUGCGCUGGCUCUCUCGAGGGAGAAUACUCAACCGGCUGUUGGAAUUAAGAUCCGAAGUACACGCCUUUCUGAUUGAGCACAGAUCUCCCCAUGCCACCUUGUUCCAGGACACAGACUGGCUUGCAAAGCUGUGCUAUCUGGCAGAUAUAUUCAGCAAACUGAACGAACUGAAUAUGUCUCUGCAGGGCAAGGACACCAGCAUUUUAAACCUGUAUGACAAGGUGGGUGGCUUCCUGAAGAAAGCAGAGCUGUGGAGAAGGGCCUAUGCACAGGAGGAUUUCACCUGCUUUCCUCAGCUGGAUGCUUUUCUCUCUAGUGAGGAUGUGGACAGAGCUCCAGUCAAGUUGGUCAUAGUGGGACAUUUGACCAAGUUGAUACAGGAUUUUAAUUCCUACUUUCCUGACAUGGAGGAGAAAUCUGCACAGCUGGAUUGGGUGAGAAACCCAUUUCUCUUGUCCAAAGCAAACCGAAGCAAGCUCCCUGUCACCUAUCAGGAAAAACUCUUGGAGGUGUCAUCUGAUCGUGGCCUCCAGAUGAAGUUUGCCAUGUUCACACUUACACAGUUUUGGGUGUGUGUGAAGCAGGAGCACCCUGACCUGGGACAGAAAGCUUUGGAGCAGCUACUACCCUUUGCCUCCACAUAUUUAUGUGAGGCCUCCUUCUCUGCAAUGACUGUGAUCAAAACAAAGCAGAGAAACAGACUGUGCCUGGAGAAGAGCUUGAUCACAGCAGUUGCCUCCCUGCCACCAAGAAUGAAAAAGAUCCUCAGUGAAGCACAAGCCCAAGUGUCUCACUAA